AUUAUCCGGGGAAGGAGCAUCAUCCUGUGGUUCUCUCUGCAGCUCACUUUCCCGUCUCCCACUCCACUUUCUUCCAACCCAACUGUCCAAAAUGCGCGAAAUUGUGCAUUUGCAGGCCGGCCAAUGCGGAAACCAGAUCGGAGCAAAGUUCUGGGAGGUGAUCAGUGACGAGCACGGCAUCGAUCCCACCGGUACUUACAACGGAGACAGCGACCUGCAGCUCGACAGGAUCAGCGUCUACUACAACGAGGCGACAGGUGGAAAGUAUGUACCCCGCGCUAUCCUCGUGGAUCUGGAGCCCGGGACCAUGGACUCGGUCCGGUCUGGUCAAUUUGGACAAAUCUUCAGACCCGACAACUUCGUCUUUGGUCAGAGUGGGGCUGGGAACAACUGGGCCAAGGGCCACUACACUGAGGGAGCUGAGCUGGUGGACUCCGUCAUGGACGUAGUGAGGAAAGAGGCUGAAGGCUGCGAUUGCCUGCAGGGCUUCCAGCUCACUCACUCUCUGGGCGGUGGCACCGGCUCUGGUAUGGGCACCCUGCUCAUCAGCAAGAUUCGCGAGGAGUACCCCGAUCGCAUCAUGAACACUUUCAGCGUGGUCCCUUCGCCCAAAGUGUCAGACACCGUGGUGGAGCCCUACAACGCCACCCUCUCCGUCCACCAGCUGGUCGAGAACACCGACGAGACCUACUGCAUUGACAAUGAAGCUUUGUACGAUAUCUGCUUCCGCACGCUGAAGCUCACCACCCCCACCUACGGCGAUCUCAACCAUUUGGUGUCUGCCACGAUGAGCGGGGUGACCACCUGUCUGCGUUUCCCCGGCCAGCUCAACGCCGAUCUCCGUAAAUUGGCCGUUAACAUGGUGCCGUUCCCCCGCCUGCACUUCUUCAUGCCGGGCUUCGCCCCCCUCACGAGCCGGGGCAGCCAGCAGUAUCGUGCGCUGUCUGUUCCCGAGCUCACCCAGCAGAUGUUCGAUGCCAAGAACAUGAUGGCCGCGUGCGACCCGCGCCACGGCCGCUACCUUACCGUCGCCGCCGUCUUCAGGGGCCGCAUGUCCAUGAAGGAGGUCGACGAGCAGAUGCUGAACGUGCAGAACAAGAACAGCAGCUACUUUGUGGAAUGGAUCCCCAACAAUGUGAAGACGGCCGUCUGUGACAUCCCACCGCGCGGCCUCAAGAUGGCCGCCACCUUCAUCGGCAACAGCACGGCCAUCCAGGAGCUGUUCAAGCGCAUCUCUGAGCAGUUCACUGCCAUGUUCCGCCGUAAGGCCUUCCUGCACUGGUACACCGGCGAGGGCAUGGAUGAAAUGGAGUUCACCGAGGCAGAAAGCAACAUGAAUGACCUGGUGUCUGAGUACCAGCAGUACCAGGACGCCACCGCGGAGGAGGGCGAGUUCGAAGAAGAGGGGGAUGAAGACAUUGCGUAAAAACAGCUGGCAAACCUUCAUCUCACCUCACCAAUCCCCCACCCCAACUCCGUCUUCUCCAUCCCGUCUCCAUCUUGAAUCCAACGUUCUGUCUCUUCGAACGAGUUGGAUCACAGCUCGCUGUGAUCUGUUACGUCCUGGUUGCUCCAGUGUUAGAACCUGGUGUUAACUGGCACCAGGCAAGGCAAGAAAGGCAAGGCAAUGCUGCAAGGCUAGGCUAGACUAGGCUGGGCAAGGCAAGGCAACUUUUGGCACAAUUCCAAAACAAGGUGAUUCAAAGUGCUUUACGAAGACAAUAAAACAUAAAUAAAAAGCAUGAUUUAAAGUUUAAACAAAAAAACAGCAAUAAAACAAAAUAGAAUUUCCAGGACCCAAACCUGAGGGACUCUAACCCACAAAGUUUACUGGAUUUAAAAUAUGAUUACGUUUUGAAACUCAGAUUUAAAAGUACCACUGUAGAAAUAAGUUUAAAAGCAGUAAUUAAAGACAGACAGACAUCAGUUAAAAAUAAUUAAACAAAUGAGAUGCAAGAAAUAAAAGCUGCAGUGCAUUAUGGGGGAUUACCGAUGCAGCAGUAGUGCACUAGUGAUGUCUUGGGUUCAAAUAUUUUGUCUGUAGUGAAUGCACAGUUACUCCAGUAGUAGAUGACAAUGUUGACUGGUACUGGUGACGUUUUUGGUUCAAAUA